AUGCUUGAAGAUCUGCUCAUCAAGCCAGAUCAUUCAAUCGUCAAACAAGUUCAUGAACGUUUUCUGCCUGGAUUAUGCUAUGGACUGGAAGAUAACGACAAAGAAGAGCUUGAGACAGAGGCAACGUGGGUCAAUGUCCAUGGCUUUGGAGUAGGAUGGUACACCGACACAUUCAAGGAGUUCUCGCCGGAUCCCACCACUGUCAAAGGCAUGCUGCCCGCCCAUUUCAGGACCAUUGCGCCGAUUUCCACCGAUCUUGCGUUUGAACAGCUUUGCGCGCAUACCGCAUCCAAGUGCAUUUUGGCACACAUCAGAAAUGCCAGUUUCCCUCCCUCUGUGGAAGUGAACAAUCAUCCAUUCAUCUUCGGGAAAUAUACGUUCAUGCACAACGGGAAAGUUGCUGACUUUCCUCUCUUCCGAUCUGACAUUAUAAGCAGAAUAUCCGAAUUACAAAUGGUAGUGCAAGCCCUUGAGUUACCCUCGUCUGUACUGAACUCCAACUAUGUGUUUAAUAUACGAGGCAACACUGACACCGAACAUCUGGCAACCCUCUACUUCGCUCACCUCGAUCUCGUCAAGGCAGGAAUCUGGUUUCAGCGCCGACAGUUCCCGGCCAGCAACUUGCAAAUUCCCUUCGACGCUGAUUCGACUGACGCACUGCUGUGUGCUCUUAUCAGAACCAUUGACGAUAUCCACUGGAUUCAGCAUCAACGCAAAGUUGGGGCCUUCGAACCUGGAAAGGACCGUGCUGGAAACAAAUUCAACCUCUGCAUUACGGACAGCGGAAUCCAGAUGCUUGCGUGUCGCUGGAGGGACUCAAAGAACGGUUUUCCUCCCAGCCUUUACCUUUCGCUCACCGCUGGCGAGAAGCUGAAUAGGAAAUAUCCUGAUUCCAAAUUCCGGAAGGCUGAAAAGAAUAUUUGCGAUUCUGAUGUCAAGAUUAAUUCAAUCAGCCAACUUAUACAGAAAAAUGAUAUGGGCCCCACCGACCAAGGGCGCCAUGUCAUUGUUAGCUCCGAGCCUUGCACUGAAAACGUUAACGAUUGGGGUCUGUUUGACCCCAACCAGUGUGUCACCGUCGAUGAGACUCACAAGUUGAGAAUUAUCGAUAUGACGAAAUUCUUCCAAGCGGGACGUGAGCAUGAGCUCGAGAAAUACCGAUUUAGCGAUGUCUUCAACCAAAUCUCCAGCCAAAUCUCCAGUUACAAGGGUGAUACUCCUUUACCGAUGAUUGGUAUGCCUGUGCAAGCUAUCAAUCUCCCUGCGCCCAAGACCAAAGUCUUCGAAACUGAACUGUACUUGAAGAAGAAAGAUUGA